AUCCCUGUUAGCGCCAGUGUUCAGCGGGUCACCACUUCAGCAAGACAAUAUCCAGCAAUCGCAGAUCUUAACUUGGAAACUUUUUGGUGACAAUGGGAGCCCCAGAAGAGGAAGCACCACGUCCACCAUCAGACAUUACGGUGUUUGGGGCCAACUGUACCCUCCAUGGCCUCAGCCACAUCUUCCUGCCUGGCGGAGUGACUGUCCGACGGCUCCUUUGGGCUGCUGCAUUCACCUCCUCCCUUUCCAUCUUCCUGUGCCAAGUGGCCGACCGUGUGAUCGAAUACUACCGGUACCCUCAUGUCACCAUCCUGGAUGAGAUGGACAGUCCUGUCAUGUACUUCCCCGCUAUCACCCUCUGCAACUACAACAGCUUUCGAAAGUCCCAGAUCCGUAGGAAUGACAUCUUCUGGAUGGCUGGACUCUUGGGUGUGGAACAAGGAGACUUUGAUGACUUCAUGGCCGCUUUGGGGCAGCCCACGGAUGACAGUAAAUUUUUCCCCAGCAAGACUUUUAACAUGCUGGAGUUUGUGCAGAGGACUAGCCACAACAUAGAUGAGAUGCUGCUUGACUGCAAAUACAGAGGCAAGGACUGUGGUCCAGAGAACUUUACUACAAUUUACACGCGUUACGGAAAAUGCUACACCUUCAACUCGGGAUUAGACGGAAACCCUUUGUUGACAACAUUAAAAGGCGGCACGGGGAACGGCUUGGAGAUCAUGCUGGAUAUUCAGCAGGAUGAAUACCUGCCUGUUUGGGGAGAGACAGAUGAGACCUCCUACGAAGCAGGCAUCAAGGUUCAGAUCCACAGCCAAGACGAGCCGCCCUUCAUUGACCAGCUGGGAUUUGGUGUGGCCCCUGGUUUUCAAACUUUUGUGUCAUGUCAGCAGCAACUGCUCCAGUACCUCCCUCCGCCUUGGGGAGAUUGCAAGUCUACCCCCAUAGACUCUGAAUACUUCUCAACAUAUAGCAUCACAGCCUGCCGCAUUGAUUGUGAAACCCGGUACCUGCUGGAAAACUGCAACUGCAGGAUGGUUCACAUGCCUGGAACCUCCACAGUUUGCACCCCUGAGCAGUACAAAGACUGUGCUGACCCAGCUUUAGACUUUUUGGUAGAGAAAGACAACGAUUACUGUGUGUGUCAGACCCCCUGCAACAUGACUCGCUAUGGCAAGGAGCUGUCCAUGGUUAAGAUCCCCAGUAAGGCAUCUGCUAAAUAUCUGGCUAAGAAAUUCAACAAAACUGAGCAAUAUAUUGGAGAGAAUAUAUUGGUCUUGGACAUCUUCUUUGAAGCUCUGAAUUAUGAGAAGAUUGAGCAGAAGAAGGCCUAUGAAAUUGCAGGGCUUCUUGGUGACAUUGGAGGUCAGAUGGGGCUGUUUAUCGGAGCCAGCGUUUUAACAAUACUGGAAAUAUUUGACUACUUAUAUGAGGUGUUUAAGGAUAAGGUUUUGGGUUACUUCAUACGCAAGAAACGGCCGCAGCGUUGUCAGAGCGACAAUCUGGAGUUUCCAGAGAACCCAACCAGCCCUGGUGUCACGCCUAAUCAUGCCCCCAGAGCACCUGUGACACCCUCCGGAGUCACUCGGACAGUCUCGGAUUCACGCCGAACAUGUUACCUCGUCACCCGACUUUAGGCAACUUUGAGGAGUUCGCUUGUUGACAGCAUAAAGUAGGGGAUUGUGGGUGGGGUGGGGUGGCAUAUCUGGAGACUUGACAGCAAACUGUGAAAUAAUGUAUGUAUUUAACCGAAAAUGGUUGAGUGUGUAACUCAAAAACGUAUUAGUAGAGUUUAUCAAUGCCUGAAUAGAAAUAGAAUACUAUCAUCAGAAGAAAAAGAAACCACUUCCAAAACAGAACUCAGGUUUAACUGCCAUGUCAAGGCAUCAAUGUUAAUUUAUUCAUGUUUCAUUCUCUGGAUUUGUUUUCCUUAUGUGGUCACUUGAGAGUAUACAAUCAGUCAAGUUAAUGUGUCCAGAAAGGGUUUCUGACCUGUGUUGAGAUGAGUUACAUAGUACUGUUGCGGUAGUUUUGCUGUACAUGAAUCCAAAAACAAAAACAAACAACAAAAAAAAAAAGAGUACAUGUGCAUUUGGUAUGUGUAGCGUUUCGGUUUCUUAUUAGUGUGUCGUCUCCAGCAUCUAAGCAAUGCUGCACUGAGUGACCUUAUGCUUGUCACCAGUUUGAACGAGAGAGCCUUCGUAGAAAAGGCUCGACUUUAACGAGCCGAUUCUCAGUGAAAAGACCUUCUCGCACCUAAAUCGAAAACACUAGACGAGUGUUAAAUGUUGCCUUUUGCUAAUGUGAGGCGUUCAUUUGCCUCAUUAAUUAGAUGACUGUGCUUAUUCAGUUUAAAAAGAGAAGAGGAACUUGACUGUAUGUACAUAUGCAAGUAUCUGGUUUUGUUCCAUGUGGAUCCCAGGAUGACAGAAACUCUCAAAUUGGAUGUUUUUGUUAACUUUAGUCACUUUUUACAUAGGAUCAAAGAAGAGAACCAGGAGGUCAAAAAAGGCUAUUGAUUGUAUCUUUUUAUCUUUAUAUAGCUAACAUUUCAAGUUUUCAUUGUUUUCCCAGUUGCUGUGCUGUCACAAAAAAAAAAAACGCUAGCAUGCAGCUUGCUGUAAAAGUUGCCCCUUGUUUACCUUGAAUUCAACAGAAGAAAAAACAAUCAGGCUUUCCUCUUUGCCUUUUUAAUAAUUCAGUCCUGUUUUUUUUUCAUCACUGUGUCUUAAAGGUGUUCAUCAGCACAAACCCCUGUGAUAGUAAUCUAUUCUCUAUGGAACAUAAGCAGAGUUUCAAAAGCGUGUCGGUGACAUUCCUAAACAUGAUAGAAAUUUGUAAAUACCCACAAUCAAAUGCCAUGAAGAAAUUCUAAACCGCUCAUUGGUCAAAAUAUAUCAGUCUACUGUAUAUAUAAAUAGAGAUAUAUAUAGAGAUUAAAAAAAAAGUGUCUCUUCAUCUGUUCUUACACCAGAAGGAAUUUGGACUUUCUGUCUGGGUCUGACCUUAAGUGUCUUUGAGUUUCUGACAUGACUUACAAUUAAGUAGACUUUAUUAGACACAAAAGAAUUGCCUCAAAACAUCAAAACCACCUCAGCCCCAUUUAUUUCAGUUGAUUUAUUACAGAAAUGCAUUGUACAAUUUAGCCAUUGUGUCCUUUUAUUAUUAUUAUUAUUAUUAUUAUUAUUACAGAACAUGUAAUAAGUCACAAAUAACAGUUUGUGAUGUAUAAAUGAUCAAGUAUAAUAAACUCUAUAUUUACCCAUCUUACUCACGUACACAACUUUUCUUCUUACCUUUGUGUGAGUCUGCUUUCUCUAUCGUUACGGUUCACUGUUAUUUAAAUCCUUGACGCUACGGUUAUGGACUCGUAGGCACAUAUCCUUGCUAUAAUUAUUAAAAAAUUUUUUAAUGUGAAACUUAUAAUGCCAAUCAAGUAAAUGGUGUUCAUAACACUGUAGCUUUAUUACUCUGUUGUGU